UUUUAAAUGUCACUUUGUCAUUGUUGUGUCACCUUAUUUUACGUAAAUUUACGUCAGACAAAAUUGAACAAAAUAAUGUGAAUAUUUAAUUGAAUAAAAGAUUCAAUAAUGAAACUGUGAAAAAAAUAAUCUUGCAAAAUAUGGAGAGCGUUACAAAUUUUUCUGUAUCGCUUAUCAAAGGUUUCAUAGACAGCUUACGGGGUUUAAAAGUACUAUUGUACCUCGACAAGGAAAUAAACGAGCGUGCCUUAAGUCGCUCCCCGCCAACAGAAAUUGAUAAAAACAAACAAAAACAACCGAAGUUAAAACAGGAAUCCAAAGUACUUACACGAGUAUUACAAUCAUGCAUCUUGAAUGGUUUUAUAUUUUUGCUUAGCAUACUAAUUUUUGAGUAUGCACUUUUGCCUGCGGUAAAGUACUUAGUGAUUGUUGUGUUUGGCCACAACCCUGGUGUGGCGCACAAUGUCUGGGCAUGGAUGCAGCCAUUCCUGUCCAUGACCUUCCGGAUGAUAUGGGUGCUCCCCUUGUUCCUGUUGAGUAAACUUGUCAACAGUUUAUGGUUCCAGGAUAUAGCAGACAGUGCCUACCGCCACAGACGAGGGCGGCCGCAGUUCAUGUCUAGUGUGAGCAAAAUAAUAGCCGACUCACUCUUCAGUCUGCUGGUGCAAGCAUUGUUUUUAGUACAGAGUAUGUUAGUAAAUAUGCUACCAAUAGCAUACAUAGGCGAGCUUCUAUGCCUCGUCCACAUGUGCCUGCUGUACUCUCUGUACUCGUUCGAGUACAAAUGGUUUAACAUGGGCUGGGAACUGCACAAGCGGCUGACCUUCAUCGAGUCCAACUGGCCAUACUUCCUCGGCUUUGGACUACCACUUGCCGUACUUACGCAGAUUCCACAGUCUUACAUUAUUAGUGGUUGCGUGUUCUCCAUAUUCUUCCCCGUAUUUAUAUUGAGCGGUAAUGAGGCCUCGCCCGUUAUAGGAAGCGAAUAUCCUCUACGCCUAUUCUCUCCAGUGGUGGCGAUUUCUAAUGGAUUGUUCCGUUUUGUUCGCCAAGGAGCCGAUGUAGUAACACAACGGAAUAGGUGACUGCCAACCGACACCUAACUACUAAGCUAUACUUAUAGUAUAAAAGUAGGGCGUCAGGGUUGUGCAAAACUCUAUUCUUGUGAUAAAAAUAUUAUUUUUACAUCGUCUUUUACCUAGGACUGUUCAUUUUAAAUAUCGAAUUGGUCUUUGCUAUCGAAUUCAAAAAUUAAAAGUUUUAAAUGAUUUCGGAGUUUUUUUUUGGUAUAAUUUGUCUAAAUUGUGAUUUUAUCUGAUUUAGAUAGGAUCAAAGUAUUUGAGUCGUUAUAUAAAUAUAAUAUAAACAAGUAUGUUACUUGUUUUUGUGAAAUUUUAAUAAAUGUCAAUGUUGUGGAACUGGCUUUAAAUGUAAUUCUAGAUUUAGAACACAAAUAUGUCGUUGAUACCUACAUAUGUACCUAAUCAUGUUGUAAAAACAUUAUUUUUUAGUAAAUCAUCACAUUUAUAUUGUAACUAGUCAGUUCGCCGUAUAUUUUUGUAUUUUAAGUAAUAAUAAUAUUGAGUUUCAUUCAGAACUUUAAACCUCAAUGGAAAUUAUGAAACAAGGUACUGUAAACAGGAAAAACUAAUUUUAGUUUAAUAUGGAACUUUUCUAAUUUAAAACAUGCAUAUUAAACCUUUGAGUGGACGUCAACAAAAGAUGUCGUCAAAAUAAAUAAAGAUAAUUCUAGAUCUAUUGCUUCAGCUACUCUAUAGUAAAUAUAAAAAUGCAUGUUAAUUUAUAUAGUUUUUAAGUAGCACAAUCUGAAUUCAUACUAUCUGUAAAUAGCUAUUACCGAACCAUGCUAAAAGUUAUACAUGCAAAAUACAAGUUACAUAUCAUUAGGAAUUCGUCUUACAUCGCAUAACACACUAAUAGUAAAUAUAAAACAAAUAUUUUUAAAUAUUGACAACAGAUUUUGUCACCAAAAUGAGAUAUGACAAUUCAGCGUCUUGUUUAGUCAAUAUUUUGUCGCAAUUCUAUUUUAUUAGUACAAUUAUAUUUUUAUAUUAGUUAUUUUAAAGCCAAAAUAUAGUUGUUCAUAUAUUUUGUAGCCAUUCGCAAUGAUGGAAAUUGUGAAAGGUGUCAGAAUGGUUAUCAAUGAAUUUUCUUAUGUUGCGCUCAUCACUUGGCGCUGGUGAGUUGGAUCUUAGGUCAUUAUUUUAGUUUAUAGCGAUACAACAUCCCUUAUUUUGGAUAUAUUUUUUUGCCCCUCUUUUUGACUACAACUUGUAUGUCAUGUAUGAAUUGAUAGGUAGUGCUUAAAGUAUCCGAAGCUGCGGACGGCCUGGUUACCGGGGCUCUGGACUGAAUCAGGAGUAGGAAUGGGGUGGGUUUUAAUCAGUAAAAGUCUAACACUCGGGAGUCUAAAGCGGGAGAAGGCAUUGAAUGAUUUUCCCCCCUCAAAUAAGGCUCUUAUUUUUAUUUUAAUGUCCGUCUGGUAGAUU